GAGCAGCAGCAGCAGAAGAAGAAGAAGAAGAAGAAGAAGAAGAAGAACAAGUAGAAAGAAAGAACAACUGAAAAGAGGUGAGGAUAAUAGACAGAAGAAACAAGAAGAAGAAGAAGAAGAAGAAGAAGAAGACAUCAUGGACGCUCUGAAGAAAGGAUUCUCGAUGGCGAAGGACGGAGUGGUGGCUGCCGCUGAGAAGACGAAGGCCGGCGUGGAGGAGGCCGCCAGCAAGACCAAGGAGGGCGUCUUCUACGUCGGAAACAAGACGAUGGAGGGAGUGGUGACCGGCGUGAACACAGUCUCUCAGAAGUCGACCGAGCAGGCCAACGUUGUUGCCGACACGGCGGUUUCUGGAGCCAACGAGGUUGCCCAGGCGGCGGUGGAGGGCGUGGAGAACGCAGCGCUGGCGAGCGGAUUCGUCAACAAGGAGGAGGAGGGACCAGUGGCUGAGGAGGCCGACCUCCCCAAGACAGCAGCCGGCGGAGAGCAGAGCGAACAGGCUGCACAGUAGAAUCUCGUCCUCCUCGACCUGCAGCCACUUCCUGUUUCUUCCUGUCCAAUCAGAGAAGACGAACCUUUAACAUUUUAGCUGUCGCUCAACACACCUCUAACCUCUGACCUCUGACCCUGGCUCGCCCACUGUGUAACCUAACCUCAUUAACCAAUAGAAACCCUCAGCAGGGUCACUCCACACACUGAUGUCAGGUUUUAAUCGGCUCGUUCAUACUCUCAGCUGAUUGGCCGGUGUGGACCGAGUGUCCAACAAGCCCCGCCCCUCCCUCCUGUCCGUCACCAGGCUGGCCCCGCCCCCUGACAGCCUUUCGGAUGCAUGUGGCUUUACUGACACACACACACACUGCCGUCUGUGUUUGUGAUAUUAACGGAGCUUCAGAGCUGAUUUCUUCUUUUACAAAACAGAAGUGAAAUAAAGAAAUGUUUAAAAUCUA